CGAAUAGUGAGUGUCACCAUAUUUGGGAGGUGACAUUUAGAGACACUGGACAUUGCCCUGUUCCUGUUAAGCUUUCAAGCAGGCCAGUAAGGAACAUCUUACAUGCAGAAUCAUGGACAAGUCUUUGCUGAUCUGUCUCCUUUUAUUUCCUGGGAUAUGCCUCUCCUCAUUUGAAGCUGAUGUGGAGGAAGAACCUCUCUUUACAACAGAAGAAACAACAACAACAACAACACCUUUUAUGUGUAAUACAAAGCCAGGAGACUCUGGUGUCUUAGAUUCCACCUCCGACAGUUGGUCAGAUAUUCAUCCACGGCUCACAACUACAGUUCCAACAACUACAACCACUACAGAGAGUACCGCACAAGAGGAAAAAGAUGAUGAAGAGACUGAGACAGUGGAAGAAAAAUCAGAUGAAGCUCCAGACUUAGAUGACCUUGAGAAUCAGGAUAAUGAAUGUACUCAAGAUGCAACUCCAGAGGACAUACAGAAGUUUUCACAAGCAGUAAUGGAUUUCAGUGUUGACCUCUUAAAGCAAACAGAUCCAGAAUUUAAAAAGCCCCAUGUGAUCAUAUCUCCAUUCAGUGUUGCCCUCGGACUGCUACAGCUAUCAUUAGGAGCUGGGGAAGAAACAGAAAAGAGGCUACUGGAAACACUCCAUCUGAAAUCAGUAAAAUGUCUUCACAGCCAACUGCGCAGAACGCAACACGAGCUGACAAGUUCAAUUAUGAAAAUAGCUAGUCGCAUGUACAUUAAGAAAGGUUUUAAGAUUAAAAAAGAUUUUAUGAAAAGAGCUGAAAAGUGGUAUGGAUCUAAAACAUUUAAUUUAGCAAAGAACAAUAAGCAGAAUCUGGAAUCCAUUAAUGAGUGGGUCAGAAAAGCAACAGAGGGAAUGAUCCCAAAAUUCCUCUCGGAGAUCCCAGCAGAUAUGGUAUUAAUGCUGCUCAAUGCCAUGUAUUUUAAAGGUAUUUGGCAUAAUAAAUUUGACCCCAGCAUGACUGUGCAGGAUACAUUUCAUAUAAACGAUGAACUGACAGUCCCAGUGGAUAUGAUGACAGCCCAGAAAUUUCCUCUUCGCUGGUAUAAUCAUGAGCAUCUAGACAGUCAGGUGGCCAAGUUGCCUUUCAAAGGAAAUAUGAGUUUUGUUGUUGUUACACCCUUUCAAUUUAAAUGGAAUAUUUCCAAGCUCCUGGACAACUUUAAUCAAAGUGACAUCUACCAUCGUUUCCCAAGGCCAAAGCAAACUUUGUUUAGAAUGCCAAAACUAAAUCUGGACUUUAAACUAGAGCUAACUCAGGCUCUGAGCAAUCUUGGACUUGGCCAAUUGUUUUCAAAACCAGAUUUAAGUGGAAUUUCAGAUGAACCAUUGUAUGUAUCCAGCGUUCAACACCAAUCUAAUCUGGUGCUGAAUGAAGAAGGGGCCCAAGCUGCUGCAGCCACCGCAGUAAUUACAUCUCGUUCCCUCGCCUCUUAUAGCAUCAACCGUCCUUUUCUGUUUUUCCUUUUCGAUGAUGCAACGCGUCUGCCACUGUUUCUGGGAUAUGUUCGUAACCCUAGCCCUGAUUCCUAUUAUAAGAAAAAGGAAUUACAUUUCCAGAGCAAUCCAGACAAGGGUUCCAUACCAAAAUAGAUGACUCUUUUUGUAUUAUAGCAGGUGUGCCCAAAAUGUAGAUCCCCAGAUGUUUUAAAACUACAGCUUCCAUGAUGCUUUGUCAUUCUAAAGGCAUGCAAAGCAUCAUGGGAGUUGUAGUUCUACAUCUGGGUAUCUAUAUUUUGGGCACCACUGUGUUAGAGAGAGGCAACAAGUUUCUUAACUAUCAUCUCAACUAACUGCCACUUCUAAAAUUUAUACAAAAAACCCACAAUUAAAAAAAAAAGUUCAAUAUUUUUUUUUUGUAUCUUUGUGAAAGGUUUAUCAAUGUGUUCUGUUCUUAAAAGUGGUGCAAAAAAUGUAAAAGGGGAGGAGUUCCCAAUGAAAUGUGCAUGCUGGUUCCACUGGUUUCUAUGGUGAUUGCCCGCGUUUUCGUAGUUUAGACCACUUUUUUUUUUUUUUUUUAAAGAACAUUUUAACAAAUCUUCCCCAUUGGUUUAAUUCUAAAAACAUAGGAAUUUUCUUAAGUAACUUUUUUUUUUCUUAAGUAACUUGCCAAAUUACGGAAUCCAUCAUGGGAUGGAUUAUAGGAACAUUUCACUGACCUUAUGGCAUUGUACAUCUGGAUUGCAUAAACAAUCUUAUAAGAUACAGGGCUAUUCACAGGAUGAACCACUGGGGUUGUUUACUAAAAUCCUAACCUGAAUUGCAAAUUUGUGGAAAAUCCAUACAUUUCUAUGUCCAAAACACAACAUGCUGUAGUGGUUAUGGUGACAGAAGGCACCCCUUAAUUUGAGUAGUCAUAUAGUUUGCUAAGAUUUGACUUCUUACCUGGGGUAUCCCAGGCGCCACUUCUUGCCUCUCUGUAGCAUGUAGCUUGUGCAUGGUGCUUCUGUUAUUGCUUUUAUAUUAAGCCCUGCCAAGCUCAGUUCAAUGAACAGAAUUUCUGGCUGCAGAGAGGCAGGGAGCAGUGUUCAGUGGACCAUAGGUAGCGAACGUUUUGACUACCUUAUACUGAAGAGGUGCCAGGGCAUUCUUGGCACCAUAACCACUACAGUUCCGUGGUAGUUAUGGGCUUCCUCUAAUAGAAUGACUUGGGCUUCAUUUUGAGGACAGUCCAGAGCGGUUGCCUUAAUAUCAUGUUACUUUGGAACAAUUCUGUUAUUCUAUAAAAAUCAUUUGAAGGAAGGUAAAUUGAGUCUAUUUAAAAAGUAAUUCUCUAUGUAGCCCUAAAUAAUUUUCCACAAAUUUGUUUGUACAAAAUCUGAGUUUAGUGAAUUACCCCAGAUUUUUACCUCUCUAUCCGUACACUAGAUGAAAGCCCUUAUGCAACACUGAUAUUUAUCGUUUUAUGUAUUACUAGUCUGUGGGCUCAUUGAAGUUGUUGUUUUUUUGUUUGUUUUAAUAAACUGUUUUAUCUGUA